GUGCCGGGGCAGGACACGGCUAGGACGUUGGAUGGGAACGGCGGCUCCCCAAAGGACGCGGCUGGGGACGGCACCGUCCUGCCCCCAGCUCUAAGGAUGCACCGGCUUCUCCUGCUCAGCUCCCUCUGGCUCUUGGCAGCAUCCCUGGCAUCGAGCAUCUUCCAGCGGCCGACGGGGACACCGGCCCCCCCCAACCUGCAGUACCUGCUGGAGCCCCUCCACGCCGCGGUGCACACGCAACGGGGUGCCACGGUCACCCUGCCCUGCGUCCUGCGCGCCCUGCCCCGCAACUACCGGGUGAAAUGGAGCAAGGUGGAGCCAGCCAACUACCGGGAGAGCAUCAUCAUCAUCACCAACGGGCUGUACCACAAGAACUAUGGGCCCCUGAGCCCGCGGGUGCGCCUGCGGCACAGCCACCGCUACGACGCCUCGCUCACCAUCACCGAGGUGGCUCUUGAGGACGAGGGACGCUACCGCUGCCAGCUCGUCAACGGGCUGGAGGACGAGAGCGUCUCGCUCACGCUGCACCUCGAAGGCGUCGUCUUCCCCUACCAGCCCAGCAACGGGCGCUAUAAAUUCAACUACCACGAAGCCAAGCGAGCCUGCGAGCAGCAGGACUCCCGCCUCGCCACCUACCAGCAGCUCUACAAAGCCUGGACGGAGGGUCUGGACUGGUGCAACGCCGGCUGGAUCCUCGAUGGGACUGUCCGCUACCCCAUCAUUAACUCACGGGAGCCGUGCGGUGGCCACCUCCUCCUGCCAGGCGUUCGGACCUAUGGAGCCCGGGACAAGCAGAAGGACCGAUUCGAUGCUUUCUGCUUCACCUCUGCUCUUCAAGGCCAGGUCUACUUCAUCCGGGGCCACCUGAAUUUCAAGGAAGCCGGGCAAGCGUGCCGCAACCACGGGGCUGCCAUCGCUAAAGUAGGGCAGCUCUACUCCGCCUGGAAGUUUUCCCAGCUGGAUCGCUGCGACGGGGGGUGGCUGGCGGACGGCAGUGUGCGGUACCCCAUCACCACCCCCCGGGAGCGCUGCGGGGGGCUGCCGGACCCCGGCGUCCGCAGCUUCGGCUUUCCCAGAAAGGAGCUGCGCACCUACGGCACCUACUGCUUCGUGGGGAAGUAGGAACGCCGGGAGGAGAGGUGGGCUGA